AAAAUACGCACGAAGAAGACGAGGCGCAUGCGCAGUGCAGUGCGUCACAAGCGGCUAUGUUUACAUCUGUUGAAAACAUUUAUCACUUUUUGGGUCCUUAUUAACGGCCUGCGACACCUGUGUCAGUUAAUCACUGCACACGAUGAGCACGGAGCCCACUAGCCUGGAGAGCCUGCGUGUGCUGUAUCACAGUGAUGACUACAUUGUGGUGGACAAACACUGGGACAUCCGCAUCGACAGUAAGAUGUGGUACGAGAAGAACACCGUACAGGCACAGCUUCGCCACCGCUUCCCUCAGCUGGCUGACCCACGCACCUACUAUGGAUUUCGGUUCUGUCAUCAGUUGGAUUUCUCCACAAGUGGAGCUCUUUGUGUUGCCCUGAAUAAAGCUGCCGCUGGCCGGGCUUACCGCUGUUUCAAGGACCGCACCGUGACCAAAUUCUACCUCGCUCUGAUACGUGGGGCGGUCGAAGGAGAGACGCACACUGUGGACUUCUCCAUCGGCAAGAACUCCACGGAGGGAAAAACACAUAUGAUGUGUGUUGAGGGAACAGAAGGUUGUGAGAACCCCAAGCCUUGCCAGACUGAGCUGACAGUGUUAGAAUAUGGGUUAUAUGACGGAGACCCUGUUACCAAGGUGCUGCUGCAGCCACUCACUGGUCGAACCCACCAGUUAAGGGUCCACUGCAGCGCUUUAGGCCACCCUAUUGUCGGGGACUUCACCUACAGUUCGGGAACAGACAACGCCCCGUACCGCAUGAUGCUGCACGCACAUCUCCUCCACAUUCCUCUCGAACCUCAGCCCCUGCGCGUCACUGCUGGAGACCCUUUUGUCCCAGCAGUUGAUCCCAAGUGGCUCCCGCAGCGCUCAUUACGGACACUAGAGGCCACUGUGGAGGCCCUGAUACACCGCCGGGAGGAGGAGGACAGGAAGUUUAAAAAGGAAGAGCAAGAGAGAGCGAGAAAAGAAGAGGAAGAUGAGAGGAGAAAACGAAGCAAGGGGCAGAGCACCGAGGAGGAGAGUGAGGAGCAGAGGAGACAGUGCCAGCAGUGGCUGAGUGAAUGGGCUGGAGAUUGAUUUAUUAUUAUCAUUAUUAUUAUUAUUAUUAUUAUAAUUAUUAUUAUUAUUAUUGUUACUUUUUGUGGGUUUCACCGUCUCCUCGUGCAUGUUGAGCAUGCAUUUUAUUUGAGUGUCCACAUCUGUUACAUUUCAGCUGCAUCUUAGGAGGUGGUUUAGCUCCUUUACGUCCUCACAAACAAGUUCAAGUCACGAAAAGGCAUGUGUGAGCAUAGUUUAUGCUGCACUACUGGAAUGUCCACACUAUACCCACUGCAAGCUGCGAAACAAGCGCCUUGCUCAAGGUCAAGUUAAUAAGAGUUCCUUGUUGCUUUUUUAAUUUUAAUGUGCCAACAUUAUAAGAAAUUAGCCUUUUUCUGAACUACAAAAGCGGAUGUUAGUUUCUCCCAGAAAAAAGCUGUUUUUAAACUCGUGUGAUUGGUUAUUUAUGAUACAAAGCACUGACAUGCAUGAAGUCCCACAUGAAACUACUCAGCAUCCUGCCCGGGACUUUAACGUUUGUGGGAAGUUUUACAGCUUUAUGUCUGUUUUAGUCCAGUACAAAUACCCUCACUUGCCACUUUGUUAGGUACACCCAGUCAGCUGCUCAUUAAUGCAAAUAUGGGAUCAGCCAAUCGCAUGUCAGCAACCCAGUGCAUUUAGUCAACAUGGACAGAAAGACCUGCUGAAAUGCAAACUGAGCAUUUUAAUGGGGCAGAAACAUGAUUUAAGUGACUAAGCUUGGUGUUAGAUGACCUGAUCUAAUCUGCUGGGACUUUCCCACAGAAGGUUUUACAGAGACUGGUCCAAAAACUGAGGAAAUAUUCUGUGAGCAGCAGUUCUCUGGUCAGAAAUUCCUUGUCGAUGUCAGAGAACAGGAAUAAGGUGGUGUGUGUGGGGGGGGGGAGAACAACCCAUAUCAGAGAGUUCAGGUCAUCUCGCUGUACUCAAAUAGCCUCUACAGUCACCAGGUUUCAGUCAAAUGGUGAAUAUUUGCGAUGUGGUGGGAUGGGAAAUUUACAUCAUGGAUGUACAGCUGAAAAAUCUGCAUCAACUGUUUGAUGCUGUCAAUCAGUGUUUCCAGCACCUUGCUGAAUCAAUGCUGCGAAGAUUUAAGGCAGCUUUGGAAGCAAAAAUGGGCCCAAUCUGGUACUAGCAAGGUGCAUCUAAUAAAGUGGCCAGUGAGUGUACAGAGCACUGAUGUGGUGUACAAAGUGCAUCUGUCUGCUAUUUUUAAAAUGGCAUGAAAAAUAUCUAUUUUUCACACUAUUAUUCUACAAUUUGGGGGGAUUUUCCCCUUAUCAUCCCAUCAAGUACCAAAAACAAUAUUUGGAUUUUUAACUGGUAUAUAUGAUUAAAAACUUGGGAUCAGCUACAUUUAUGACUUUGAUCAAAAAGCAGGGUUUGAACAUGCCAAUAAAAUAAAGUACCUGGCUGCCUGAUGUGUUUCUUUUCCCCUCACUUCAUGUUUGGAUCCUGAAAACGAUAACACUGCUUACUGAAAUGUUAGAUUUGCAAACCAACACAAUUGCAAUCAGUGAAAAACCGUGUUGUGACACAAAUGCCCUUACACCCUGAGCUGUGGCGUCCUCAGUGGAUCAGGCAUGUUCUGGUGCGUUCCUUGGAUCCUGGACUGGCUUUGGAUCUUGGUUUACAGUCAUGUUGCUUGAGCUGCUCAUGAGUAUGUUUUGCAUGUAGUCAGGGACUAUCAGUAUUUGGGGGUUUGCUUGGUUUGCAGGAGUGUUUGGGUAGGUGGUCCGUGUCAAGAUUACAAGCAAAUAAGACACGGGACCCAAGGUUUCCCAGCACAUUGCUACUGAGGUAAUUAAAAACUUCCUUCUUUUUAGUCCAACACAAUUGUCCAUCCAGUUUAAAAAACAAAUUCCCAUCAAUGUGUCAUGAAAUAACAGAUAAUGAUUGUUAUUAUCAGAUGCCACUAAUGGAAAUCCUAAAUAAGUAAAUAUAAAGGCACGGCCUGGGAGGAAGUGAGUCAGGGAUUCUGCAGGAAGAUGGUUGGACUGGACCUUUAUCUUUCUUAUUACCUGAUCUUUCUUAUAUUUCUCAGCUUUAUGAGAUGUCAUCAGUCCAGAUUUCUAAGGACAUUUGCAAGUACUUUUAAAGUACUUGGCAAUAUGUUUUUGUUAUCAGUGCCUAGGAAUGCUCACAUGGAAAUGAACUUUGAUUGCAUUACAUUUAACUUUCACAAAUGUGCAAUAACUUGGAAAAAAAAAGGUUUUAGUGAAAAGCAUUUAUGUGUGGUUUAGCUCCACCUAACAGUAACAGCUCUAUGACUGCCUGAGACAGUUUAUAUCUAGCUUUUCCCUGAGACCUAGUGGACACAGACAGUUGUGUGAUAUAUGAUGGAUAUGUUUGAAAAGAAAAGCAGUAA